AACACGAGUCCAACAAAAUGAACUAUAGAAACGAAAAAUGAAAUAAAAGUUGAAUAAAGGUGGCGCGCAUUUCGAUAAUAAACACUUUCUUUCCUCACUCUCCGUUUUUUCUUUCAUCUUUUCUUCUUUUCACAAACACAAGUUAGUUUUCAAGAAUUCCAGAUUUUUUCCGCAAUGACGACGCCGUCACCGGAAGCCGUUGCAACCUUCAUGCGUAUCACCGGAGCAUCGGAGUUCGUCGCCGUUCAGAAAUUAGAGGAAUAUGGAGGCAAUCUAAAUGAAGCUGUGAAUGCGCAUUUUAUUGAAGGAAACAGUCACAUUCAGGAGCAAAAUCUUGCUGCCACCGCAACUCCACACUAUAAUUACUCUGAAGCAAAUAACCAAAGCAACCAAAACCGCGCCGGGUCACGUGGAAUUUUGCCUUUUUUCAAUGCUGCUAGAAGAUUUAGACCUUCACUACUACUUGACUCGAACUACAGGAGAGAACUUAGAGAUCUAUGUAAUGGGUUGGGUUCUACUACGCUUUCAAGUAGUACACCACCACAUGGUUCCCCUCAAGGAGAGGGGAGGGAAUUUCCUACAGGGAAUGAUAGUGCACUUGUGUCUCCCUAUCGACCAGGAUUGAGCUAUGCAGGUGCAGUUAACAAUGGCAAUUUAUCAUCUCAUGGUCAAGGAUAUUACGGGACAAAUGAUUAUCAAAAUAACUACCCUUUAGCUCAGUCAAAUUCUCCACGUAUUCGUGAUCUAGAUGUAGAGGAUGCAAUGAUUCAAGCUGCAAUCGAAGCCUCAAAAGAGGAGAGCACAGAACGCUCUUCAUGGAAUGCUCCUAAUGAUUUUUCCGACGAUGAGCUUCCUCAAAGUAUCUUUCAUCAAGAAGAUGAUGAUUUGGCUCAUGUCAUUUCACUGUCCUUACAGACUGCAGAGCAAGAGGAAGCACUACGCGAGCUUCAAGUGAAAGAGGAAAAGAAAGUACUUGGCACUCAUGCUUUAUUAGCCAAGGGAGAGAAAACCAACACAAGCAGAAGCAGACUAGAGCCAGGACCAUCAUCCAGUCGAAAUGUAGCUUCAGAUGUUGCACAACCAGUCAUUAAUAAUCCAUUAAACCACAAUGCUGGUGGUCAUCAUCAAGUACAUGGAGACCCAUUCAUUGCUGAGAAGUGGGGUGGUAUUUCUUCUGACGAGCUCAAUGAAGCAUUGCUGAUUGAAACUGCACUUUUCAGUGAAAUUCCCAAUCAUAAUUCUCACAAAAGUUCAUCUUUGCCUGGUCUGCAACAUCAUUCAGGAAAAAAUGUGGAUCCCAAGAUGCAGUCUUCAUCCAGUUCAGCGUCUCAAUUAUUAACUCAAUUGCUACGACAACAACAGGAUGCUGACUACUUAGCAUCACUACUAGUUGAUAAACAAAAAGAAUUGAAUUCUCUCAAAAAAGCUGAAACCAAUUCCUCAAAGAAAGAAGAAUCACAUGAAAAGAUGCCUAAAAGAGCGGAAUUGGAGAAAAAACUUGAUACAAAAAAGAUCAUGCUUCCAAAUGAACCACCAUUAGGUGAUGAAAAUGCAAUUACUAUUGUGGUUCGAAUGCCGGACGGUGGUCGUUGUGAACGUCGCUUCUUCAAAACUGACAAGCUUCAGCUUCUUUUUGAUUUCAUUGACAUUUCUGGAGCAGUGGAGCCUGGCACUUAUAGAGUUGUAAAGUCAUACCCGCGACGAGCAUUCAGUAUUAAUGAUAGCUCAGCUACCUUGAAUGAAGUAGGCCUUAGCAACAAGAAUGAGGCUUUAUUUCUGGAGUUGAUUUAGUUUACCUAUUUUCCAUUGAGUAUCCUGGUCCUUCAUUAGAACCCACAAAAUUAUCAUGGUGUAGCACUUGACUUUUCUAGGGAUAAACGUUGUCUUUGAGACGCAUAAUAUUUGUUGAACACUACUGAGGGCUGUCUGUACAUAUCAUGUUACAUGUCAAGUAUUAUAUUUGGAUAUGAAAGAUUUAGCUGUUGGUUAUACUUGACCAUUUAAUUGAGCUUAUUCUCUAAUUUCUUUGUGCACCAUUCAUC